AUAAAACAUAGUUGAUCGCGAAACACUAUCGAAUAAAGUCUCUCGCGUCUUCGUAUUUCUUCUUACAAAUUUUUCAUGCGAUAUAUUUCCGCGACAAACGUGCACAUGACUCGUUCCGAUUCUCCUUCGAGACGAAUAAAAAUAGUUUGUAUAAAUCAAUGGUUCCUAUCUCGAUCUGUUUCGGAGUUCUCGUGACCUUUCGUAAUCAAGGGAACCUGUUUUAAAAGAAACAAGCGGUCGUCGCAGCUUUCGAUGUGAACCACUAAUUCUUAGUAAAUGAGACCAACCACGUUGCCAAUAGAAUAAAACCUUACGAAUACUAUCUGGGAAAUUAAUAACUGAACUACAACAAAAUAUAUUCAGAUCUCGUACGCAUACGAAGGCGGAACUUGACCGCGCAAGCUCUCUGUCUGCCCUCAAUGAAAUGACGUGCUUACAUAUGGAACCACGACGGACGGGCGGACGAUAAAAACCUGUGGAUACUACACCUGGCCGACACCUGCCAGUCGUAACGGUGACGAUGACACCGUCCCUCUGCACCUGCACAUGGCUGCUGCUACCCUGCUGCAUUCUCGUCACCCUCUCCACCGGCGAACUUAAGUUUUAUCGAGAUGAGGUCCCCGAAAAUUCGGAGAAUGUCGCGCUGAGACAAUUGAUGAAGUACCUCGAGCAAGGCGAUCGGUUUCGUCUUUCGCCAUUCCUGGCGAACCAAGCUCACAAGAAGCAUCAGCUGCAGCUGGACCGGCAAAAAAAGAGAGACCUACUGGAGGCACUGACCGACAAGGCGAACUUGGCCGAUAUUCUCUGGAGGGAAAAGCUGAAAGGUUGGAGGUAUCGGCAAACGCGAUACGACGAAUCGAUCGACGAGACGCCGCCGCGAGAAAGGGAGCGUUAUCUUCCGUUGUACGGGCUGAAUCGAUUCGACGAUCCCGUGGAGUAUCCCGAUUUCAAGUUGCCUUCUCUGCCUCGCGAAACGAAUGGCGAGGAUGCCAAUUACCAGGACUUCGGUUACGAAUAUGGUCGGAACGUGCCUUUCAAGCAUCCGUCUUACGAGGGACGGGCGAACGUCGACAAAGGGACGAAGAAGGAACCGUUGUUCCAGCUCCGCGUGAAUUACGGCGGAUCGCUCGACGGUAUCAACAAGAAGAUGCAGGACCCGCUCCCCACCGUCCCGGAGUUCACUUUUGAGAUCGACGACUCGAAUUUGAACGACAGACAUCCGUUCGCGGUGAAACCGAACGAUCCAAGAUUUUACCAGGAUGCCCCCUUUUCCUCAAGUAACGACGAUGACUCGGAUUUGGAAAAAACCGCGAAGAACGAAACCAACUGGGGACAGGGAGGUGUAAUAAUAGAAAAAGUGCAUACGAUGGACGAAGACAAUGUAAGGAAUGCCGAAUCGAAAAUCAAAGAUGCGUCGAUGAUCAUGAUACCGGAGCUGGAACGGCGCACGGGAUACAACCCGUUAGUUAUACCCGUGAAUCAUAAUUUGAACAAUGACAUUUACUUCAUUGCUAUUGUUGCUGGCUGCAGUGCUGCGGCAAUGUUUGCCCUUGUAUUGAUUACUUUAACAUGGUGCAGGCUGAAACGCGGCGCUAAAGCGGCUGCUGACAUAGAAUAUCCAGCUUAUGGUGUAACAGGGCCAAAUAAAGAGGUAUCACCCUCUGGAGACCAAAGACUUGCCCAGUCUGCUCAAAUGUAUCAUUUCCAACAUCAGAAGCAGCAAAUUAUUGCUAUGGAGAAUCGUGUUUCCGCGUCGAGAGAUCCAGGCUCUGUUUCCGAGGCAGAGAGCGAAGAAGAAAACGAAGAAGGAGACUACACCGUUUACGAGUGCCCAGGACUGGCUUCCACUGGUGAAAUGGAAGUAAAGAAUCCAUUGUUUCACGAUGAUCCAACACCAGCAACACCAGCACAAACCAAUAAAGAAGAGGACCACAUAUAGUUUCAGUAAGUUACGAAUACGAAUAAUUUAAAAACCUUUUCUGGUGCUUAGCUCACUGUUAAUGUACCAUAUCGAAAACAUUUAUCUACAUAUUACGUGUAUACAACUUUAAUACCUAUACGGCGCAGGAAGUCAAAAUAUAUAAAGUUAACUAAGGGUCUGUCAAAGGGCCACUUUUGCGUUUUGUGCAAGGGAUUUACCAUGUAAAGUGACGAACAUUUAACGUCGUAACAAACCAUCGCGUUUGUUUGGAAACAGAUAUUUUUUAACUCCAGGAUGUGCUAUAGUUUGUACUUUCAUAGCAAGUAUGGUUAACCAUAUAAUUGACAUUAUUUUUCUACACACCAUUACUAACUUGCAACAUGAAGUUCAGAUUAGAAGUCGUAUCGUACCAUGAUAUUCUAUAUCGCUGUAUACAGCUAACUCCAACUGUAAAAUCCGAAAAUAAUUUUUAUUCCAAACUUCCAACAAUUUACUUUUGACUUUGAAGAUUUGGUAGUGUUUAAUGAUUGGUUCAUAAUUUAUAUUUGCCGAUCUAACUGUUACAAAUUUAUUACGUCGUCGAUAGUAUAUUUCAGAUUAGAUUCUGUAUAGUUUAUGUCUUGUAACAUAAUUCUACGAAUUAAUACGAUAAGGAUAUAUACAUAUAUGUAUAUGUGUAAUUUCAUUGCUUAAGUUUAACAUUUAUAUGGAAUCAAAAAAUGCUUGAUAUCUAAAUAGCUGAAAUUAUUUAAUGAUUGUGAAUCUUAUAAUAAGAUUUAUAUCUUGAUGUUUUUCAAGUAAUAUUUUCGUUUAACAUUGUUGAAUUACUGUUAACUCAUUUCAACAGAGGUGAAAAAAAUGAUGACGGAAUACCUACCAUUUUGCAUGUGCUGUUACUUCUAUUCCUAUUAUUGGAGUUUAUAUUGUGCAAACAAAAGUUUUGUAUAUACAUUUGUUGCAAAGGACCUUCGAUAUCGAGUACUAUACACACAAUACAUAUAAUUGAUUGGCUUGAAGCGAUAAUAUGUAUUUUAUUUUUCUAUGAUACUUGUAACUGUUACGUGUAGAACGGUUUUACGACGAAAGAGCCUAUUAUUGUAUCCAAGAUGAGAUAUAGAAAUGACUAUUUAUUUUGGCAAACUUAAAGCACUUGUAUGUGAUUAGCGUCAACUACUUACACAAAAUAAGAGUUACUAUUUACACUUUCAGAUAUCUAUAAAAAUACUAUAACGAGACAAAACAUUAAUUUCUGAAGAUUCAUUAGUCUAAAAGUCAAGCAUAGUUCUAGAACUAAAACACGUUAAUAGCAUGACUUAAUCAUUAGCCUUUCAAUGCCUUUACAGCACUACAUCGUUUAUUGGAAGAAUUCGUUAUAUUUUAUAGGAAGGACACUAUGAAAGGACAAUCUGUGUACAAAUAGACUAUUGUAUAGUGAUUUGUAGCAUGAUUGUAUGUGUUGUAAGCUAUAGCAUAGGCACAAUGAAAAAGUUGCAAUUCAUGUUCGCGAUAUAUUCCGUAAAUGUAUAACGUUAUCAUUAUUAUUUAUGUUCUUCCAUUAAUCAAAAACUGGUGGAAUGUAUGAUGAAUAAAUAAUGUAUUAUUAUUUUACUAAAUAAAUUAUUUAUUUUAUACAGAA